AUGGCUUCAGAUGAAGAUCAAAGGAUAGGUACCGAGGUAAAAAGUACCAUCCGGCAGGACGGCGCUUCGUCUGCGCCGGACGACCUCGAAGAGAAUACGGACGACAAAAUACUCGAUACUGCCAUUGGUACUGUUGAGGAUGUCUAUACUAUUGACAGUGACAAUUCACCCUUUCCAGAAGUACGAGCCAAUGUGCCCAACAACGACGACACGUCAACCCCAGUCAAUACGUUGCGCAUGUGGCUGGUCGGUGUCGUCUUCACUGUCAUCGGCACUGGGAUCAAUCAAUUUUUCAGCAUGCGUUAUCCCUCCGUGACUAUCUCCUCGCUGGUUGCCCAGUUGCUUGCUUUUCCUACGGUGCGCGUUUUCGACCGAUGGGACGUAACCAUUAACCCCGACCAUCACUUCAACAUCAAGGAACACUGCGUCGUCACAAUCAUGUCGAACCUAGCAUUUGGACCCUCAUGGGCAACGGACAUUAUCCAGGCUCAAGUGUCCCCGACAUUCUUCAACGCGAAAAAGCCUGUUUCGUACCAAUUCCUCCUUGGUCUGACGAUGCAGUUAUUCGGCUUGGGUAUGGCGGGCCUCUCCUACCGCUUCAUCGUUGAGCCUCCACAGAUGAUCUGGCCCUCAACUUUGGCGAAUGCUGCACUUUUUCAAACUCUACAUUCGAGGUUAAACCCCAGUGCCAAUGGGUGGAGGAUUUCGAGGUAUCGUUUCUUCACUAUCGUUUUUUGUGUAGCAUUCUGCUGGUACUGGCUUCCUGGCUUCCUCUUCACGGCUCUUAGCACAUUCGCCUUUAUAUGCUGGGCAGCGCCAAACAAUACCAUAGUCAACAACCUUUUUGGUAUGACAACUGGCCUUGCGUAUCUGCCCACCACAUUUGACUGGUCUCAAAUCGCCUACAAUGGAUCUCCCCUGGUGGUUCCCUUCUGGGCACAGGCCAAUGUCUUUGCCGGUUGGAUUAUCAUAUUCGCUCUCACUACACCAAUUUUAUACUACACCAAUACGUGGUAUACAGCAUACCUUCCUUUCUCCGGAAGUUCAACGUACGACAAUACAGGUCAAUUAUAUGAUGCCACUCGCAUUGUUGACCAGCACGGCAACUUCCUCGAGGACGCGUAUCAGGCCUAUAGCCCCAUAUUCAUGCCUGUGACCUUCGCUCUUUCGUAUGGAUGCUCUUUUGCUGUCAUGACCUGUAUACCAACUUUUAUUUUCCUAAACUAUUGGCGAGACAUUUUUGGCGCCUUAAAACCUGACCGCAAAAAGGAUAUUCACGUUCGUCUGAUUGAGAAAUAUAAAGAUGUGCCGUCUUGGUGGUACGCGGUCUUAACUGUCAUCGUCCUUGCACUCACUAUCAUGGUACAGGAGGUAUACCAGACCGAGAUGCCAGUCUGGGGAAUCUUUCUCGCCUUUGCUAUGGCUCUGCUGUAUCUAAUACCCACGGGAUCUGUAUAUGCCGUGGCAAACCUCAACAGCAACGUUUUAACCGUUCUGGGUGAAAUUAUUUCCGGUUAUCUCAUACCAGGGAAGCCUAUUGUGCUACUCAUCUUCAAGUUCUAUGCAUACACAGGUCUUAGUCAGGCAAUGCUUUUCGCAAGCGAUAUGAAACUGGGUCUUUACCUCAAGAUUCCGCGCCGCACACUUUUCGUUGCACAAUUGACAGCAUGUAUUCUUGGCUCGUUGACACAGAAUGCAGUUUUGCUCUGGAUGCUGCAUCAUGUGGACAAUAUUUGCAGCCCCGACCAGUCGAAUGGAUAUACCUGUCCCCAAGGAACAGUCAAUUUCUCGUCCAGCGUGAUCUGGGGAGCCAUCGGCCCAUCACGCCUGUAUAGUGUAGGCAAGAUCUACUCUGGCCUGCUUCAUUUGUUCUGGAUUGGAGCCUUGCUACCUAUAGUGACCUUCGUGGCUAAGAACAGAUGGCCCAAUAACAAAUUAUUGAGAAACAUGCAUUGGCCGAUCUUCUUCGCGGGCACAGGCAACGUCCCUCCCGCGACAGGAAUCAAUUACACGUCUGCAUUCGUUGUCUCAUUCAUUUUCAACAAAUGGAUAAAGGGCAAAUAUGCCCAUUGGUGGGCUAAAUACAACUACGUGCUCUCCGCCGCGUUAGAUUCUGGCCUUGCUGUCUCUGCGGUCAUUAUUUUCUUCGCUGUGAUCUUCCCUGGCGUGUCAGUGAAUUGGUGGGGGAACACCGUGCAGGGCACCACGAUUGAUGGCAAAGGUACGCCAUGGAAGCCGAUCCCGGCAAAUGGAACUUUUGGCCCUUCGACAUGGUCCUAAGCUGGCAUGAUAUUUUACAUAAACAGUCUGGUAGUCCUAGUUCUCUUUAAUUGACCUCGUUAAUAUUUAAACGCUUAUGGAAUGCGAGCCUUUCGUCGCCAAGAUCAUUGCUCAAGAAUUAGGCUAAAUUUAUUUGUAUUUAAGAAAUCAUUCAAAAGUGUUGGAUAUUGU